ACACACACACAGACACACACACACAGACCUCCUGAGUGCCCCCGCCUUGUCAUUUUUCCUCCAAGUAAGCGUGAGGAAGUGAAGAAGUUUCUACCGUGACUUAGCAGGUCGAGAGCAGGGAUGGUGGCCGAGGAGAUGGUGGUCUCCCUGUCCGGGGGGUCUCCGUGGGGCUUCAGACUUCAGGGAGGAAAGGAGCAGCAGAAGCCUCUACAGGUGGCAAAGGUGCGCCGGCGCAGCAAAGCCUGCAGGGCGGGGCUGAAGGAGCACGACGAGCUGGUUGCCAUCGGCGACCAGAUGUGCGCCGAGCUCAGCCACGCCCAGGCCAUGAGGCUCAUCGACGGACACAGUGCGACGCUCCACCUGAGGGUCAAAAGAGCACCUUCCUGCGUCUUCGCCGACGUCCUUUCCCCCGCCGCCGAGCCCGCAGGCAUCAUCUCUCCCCCGGACAGCGAGGCCUACUACGGCGAGACGGACAGCGACGCCGACACGCAGUCGCACACGCUCCGCCGCCAGCGACGCACGCCCCCUCACGCCCGCUCGCCCGGUCGCCAUGACAACCACCAGGAGGAGGAGACGUCUGAAAUGAGCGGGUACGAGAGUGCCAGCGAUGUAGUCCUCCUGCAGGGCCAGUGGGACCCACACUCCUCUGCCGGGGUCCCACGCAAGGACUUCGUCUACCAGCCGGACUGGACCCCGCCCUCGGCCCCUCACACGCUGGCCCCUGAAGGGCCUCUGACGGAAGGCGAGGGGGAAGGAGACAGCGGCUUCCAGGAGGCGGCGGGCUGCGCCGGGCCGGCCUCAUACCCGCCUUUGGUGUCUCCCGAGCGGGCUAAGGAGGCCCUGAUGCUGGGGUCCGCUGGGAGUCCCAUGGUGCCCAUGGUGGGGCCCCAGCUGGGCCCCGUGAGCGAGGAGCUCUCCACCACCUACAUGGACAAAGCACGGCAAGCCAAGCUGCAGCGUGGCGAGAGCGUGGUGGAGAAGCAGGUGAAAGAAGCUCGCACCAAAUGCCGCUCCAUCGCCUCCCUGCUGACCGACGCGCCCAACCCCAACUCCAAAGGGGUGCUGAUGUUCAAGAAGCGGCGGCAGAGGGCCAAGAAGUACACGCUGACCUGCUUCGGCAAGGCUGAGGAGGACGAGGACCGGGGCGGGGAGACCACGGAGGAGGAGGGCGGAAGCUCCAUCCAAAGCUCCGACGUUGACGAGGAGGGCUUUUCGGCCUCCUUCGACCCCACUUGGGACAGCGGGUACUUAGACCUGUUGGACAGAAGAAGCGCCGCUUGCCCGCCUACUGCUCCGACAACAGCCAAUCACAGCCAAGAGUUCGACAGCCCGCCUGACCAGAAUCAAACCCUAGUGGCACCUGUCAAUCAAGUCCCGAGCUUGGAGGUGUUAGGGCUAGAGAGCAUGAAGCAACCAGUCUCUCCAGCUUCCCAAAUGUCUGCUCCGAUCCUUCAGAACGGGGGUGCGGUCGCCAUAAGUCGGGCUAGUGUUAAACUAAGCUCACCCCCUUUAAGCCCCCAUCUCAAUCAAAAUGGCCGAGACGCCGACCUCAGUCCUUGCUCCGAUCAACUCUUAAGUCCUAAUGCCUCAACGCUCAAUCGUACCGCCCGCCCCUUCACCCCAGGCCCCACCCCUUCCCGCUCAUCCGUCACCUCCGUGAUGUUCCGCCCUUCUCAGCCUAAACCGCCUGCCGUCGCGAGCAGACCUGCGGCCGCUGUCUCCAUGAUGACCAUCACGCCGACUCAUUAUCCAUCCGAUGCCAAGCGAGCCGUGUCCAGCGCCUCCCUCUACAUCCCGGCUCGGAAUAACAGCGCCACCCCGUCCGUCAGCUCGCCUCCCUCAUCUUUGUCUUCACCUCCCGCCCAUCCCUUGCCCCCUCACCCAUUGGUGCCAGCUUCACCCGUCAACCCCCUUGCACCUCAAGGUCCCCAAACCUAUCCAUCACCUGGUCAAUCCUUCUCACCGCCAACCUUUCAUCAACCUCCCUCCCCUGGAAUUUCUGUUCUUCCCAUUUCCCAGAACCAAGUCCUUAUGCCUCGUCCUCCGCCUGUCCAUCCCUGCAUCCCUGCAGUCGCGUCCCCGGGUCCCCAUGCUGCCAUGGUAACCGCAUCUUUCCCUCAAACCUCUGCCUCAGACUCCCUGGCCACUCGCGAACAGCGGAUCUCGGUCCCCGCGGCUCGCACCGGCAUCCUUCACGAUGCGCGGCAAAGAAGCAACAAGAAGCCGAUGUUCAGCGCCAUCCGGAGCAAAGAUGUGUCACCUAACCCCGACCUGAUGUCCAUGGUCCAGAACAUGGAUGACCGCUUUGGGAGGACAGUGGGCGCAGAGCCUGGAGCUGUAUCCGUUGAGGUUGGUCAUGAGUCCGGGCCCGAGGAGGACUGGUUGAGGCUGGGAGCUGAGGCUUGUAACUUCAUGCAGGCUCAACGGGUGUCCAAACCACCCCCUGUAGCUCCAAAACCCCAUACCCCUCAGGAGCCUCUGCUGGCAGGGAAAGGCGGCC